AUUGGCGCCCAUAUUGAAAUGAGGGCGUGCUACAUUUCACUCCUGCUUCAGCUACCCCCAUUCGCAGCUCUGGCAAUCUGUCGAGUAGGUUCUUCUCCCCUCUGCGAAUCCCAUAUCAUUGCCUCUGUUGUCGAUCGCAAGCCAUGGCGUCGACUGUCCUUCCUCCAGCUUUCACCGCGUCCCUCGCCUCACGCUGCGCUUCCGUGCGGCAGCUCUCCGCAUCCGCGCGUUCCGCCAUCCAGCCGCGACGAACUCCGCCGAUUCGGUUAGUAACCGCAGCGUUGGGCGGAGGACCAGGCGACAUAGGCGCGGGGGGGAAUCUGGGCGCGCCGGUUCCCGUCGCGUCGUUGUCGUCGCCGUCGCCAAGCAGAGUGCGACCGGCUUUCGCUCUCGCUAGCGAAGCGACAGAGGGCGGUGCGGCGGCGACAUCAGGGGCCGCGAAGGCGACGCGAGUGGAGGUCCCUACGGAGACCGAUGCACGCGGCCUGACUCGCAUGGUGCUCCAAGAGGAAGGCUACGAGCAGUGGGAGUGGCAGGGCAACAAGGUCAAUUAUGUGGUGGCAGGUGACGUCAGCAGUGACGCCACGCCCGUCCUGUUCAUCCAUGGAUUCGGCGCUUCGGUCUACCACUGGAGGUACAACAUCCCAGAGCUAGCAGCGUCAGGCCGGCCCGUCUACGCCAUCGACCUGAUUGGGUUCGGGUGGAGCGACCGCGCGCUCAUCCAAUACAGCGCUGCCAUGUGGGCGGACCAGAUCUCCUCCUUUGUGCGCGACGUGAUUGGCCGGCCCGCGGUGCUCGUUGGUAACAGCGUCGGCGGUUACGUCACCCUGACCACUGCGGCAAAUUACCCUGACACUGUCGCCGGUACUGUGCUAGUGAAUGCUGCUGGAAAGUUUGAUGAGUCCCCCCCCGGCACUGCUCCGCUUUCUGGAGCAGAUGAGUCGCCUAGUGAGUCCAAAGGAAGGAAGCGAGCCGGUGCGAUCCCGGUUGAAACCCACGGGCACCAGCAUGGGCAGGAGGAAAAGGUUCCCAUCUCGGUGCUGGUUCGGGAGAAGGUACAGGAGGCAGUGGAAGGCGUGGUGGCGGGGGUGGGGAAGAUCGCUCGCCGUGUUGUGCUGCAGGUGACGUUCCUGCAGGCGAAGCAGCCAGGGAGGAUCAAGCAGGUGCUGGAGCUGGUGUAUCCCAACGCUGCGAGUGUGGAUGAAGAAUUGGUGCGCUCCAUAGUGCUCCCCACGCGCGAUCCCAAUGCCGCCGAGGUGUACUAUAGACUGUCUACUCAAGUGCUCCUGCACCCCUCUGCGCUAUCACUCAACGCCCUCCUCUCCUCUCUCCGGUCGUUGGAUUCUCCGAUGUUGCUGCUCUGGGGAGCGCUGGACCCCUGGAUGACUCCGGCUAAGGCACAGACUAUUGUGGAUAACUACCCCGGAGCAAUGAGGGUGGAUAUUGCUGCGGGGCAUUGUCCGCAUGACGAGGAUCCGAAGGCAUUCAAUGAAGCGCUGAUCAAGUGGCUGCAAUCUAGCUUCUGAUGUGAAUGUCUGCAUGCUCAGUCGUACAAACAAGUGAAGGAUGGGUAGGUUUGGGGACAUCAGUUUUUGCUAUGGGUGUUCCUGUGGUGUGAUAGGUGCAGAUUGUUUCCUUUGGUGUACAGCUUUGCUUUCCUA